GUGGCUAAUUUACUGAGCUAGCUAGCUGAUCUGUUUUGCUGCAACCCUGAAUACUUAAACUACUAAAACAAGCCAAUGAACAUGGAAAAACAACCUACAGAAGCACAAAAGGCUGAAUUUAGAAGAGCCUUUUCUAUCUUUGACACAAACAAUGAUGGUCACAUUUCUUCAAGUGAGUUGGCAGAAGUCAUGAAGCAGCUAGGUCGAAACAUGAGCCAAGCUGAGCUCGAUGCCAUGCUGAAAGAAGUCGAUAGUGACAAGAAUGGGACAAUUGAGUUCAAUGAGUUUUGUGUCUACAUGUUGAAUCAAUUAACGAAACCCCAGGACAUCAGACGGAAAACAUUUGAAGCAUGUGAUAGAGACAGAAACGGUCUGAUUAGUGCUGAAGAAUUUGUUGAAGUGAUGAAGCUAAUGGGUGAUGAUACAAUCACUCUUGAUCAGGCCAAGGCCAUGAUAAAAAAGGUGGACAAAGAUGGAAAUGAACAAAUAAGUUAUGACGAGUUUAUCGUCUUACUUGACAAGAAGUAGCUGAACAAGACAAACUGAAUUAGAUGUAUGACACCAUGUUUUACAAAUGUGUUGCUAUUGUUAUUGUGCUGUAGUGUUAAUUGGUAUUACAAAACUACUACGAAACAUGAAA